AAGUAUAAUCCACUGCGGGUCCGUGGUCUGGUGGUAUGAAAAUUGACUCUCAACCCAGGUAAAAAAUAACCAUCUGCCUGUAGUGUGGUAACCACAAAAAUCGUGUUAUUGACGAUACCAUACUUGAGUCCAAUAUGUCACUACUGUCUGGAGCAAAAUCUGGACCGAGUUUUCAAGUGUAUAAAACAUUAGUGAAGUUUGUUAGAAGCUGUCGAAAUGAAGCGUUUGAUCGAUACCCACUGUUGUUUCACGAACAGUUCCAAACUUCAAAGGACAGGCAUUUCAGCUACAUGCUGCAGAAACUGCGACCCAGAAGAAGAACAUCCCAGAAGUUCAAAAAGAGCAGCGCAGAUCCUAAAGUAUACAGACAUGACAUUAGUCCAGGACAGAGAGACCCUCUUGAAGUCCUGAAAAUUCAGUACGAGGUUAUGAAGGCUACGGGAAAUAUACAGAUGCCCAAAUCUAUGAGACCAGAAGAUUGGUAUGCGCUGAGAAACCUGGAUCCAAAUGCCAGCAGCUUGCUUUACAAGUCGAUCAAACAAGAGGAAGAGAUUCUUGAAAGAAUUAAACUCGGACACAUCCAAAAUGACGAAGAGUUUGUAAAAGCUACCGAGAGUGAGACUUCAUUACAAAAUCCAUUUUAUCUGGAUUUUGAGGAUAACACUUCACGUCAACUGUCAGCGAAUGUUUGGAAUGACAGAUUAGCGAAUUGUUUUGGAAAAAAUGUUGUAGUGAAUUGUCAAGGGAUUAACUCAUUUCGUGAACAUAUAUCAGUUAAUAGCAUUUGCCGAAAUGCUUUUAACAACUACUCAACAAACAUUUAUACUGAUAUGAACAGAAGUGUCCUUUGAAUUUGCACUUUGUAUGUCAGAAAAAUAUUAACAUUGGACAAUCGGAAAAGGACUUUCCUUCAUCAAAUUUUCAUCAUGUACAUCAGGAAAGAGAAUUUUUUCCACGGGAAAAGUUGGUCUUCAUUUCGAACUCUUUACCCAAUGUGUAUGAAAAUAACACGGACGAUAUUCCUGUGAUAUUCAACUUCGGUUUAGAAAUUCGGCAAGAUCUUGUGUUAGAAUACGCCAUGAGAAAUAACAUUAGGCAUGCCACAUUGCCGAUAUCAAAGUUUGUAAUGUUGACAAAUAAUCCUAACAGAGAUGAGAUAGUCGUAACACCGGUUCAACAGUUGGAGAUUCUACGGGACGUCGAAGCUGGUAUUGACUGGGAAACGGCUAUUUUCAACAACCUACUGUACCCUUCACAAAGACUUGUUAGAACUUCAAAAGCGUACCAAGCCAUUCGCAAGAACCGACACGCAGAUUAUUAUUUACCGAUACAUGAUUUGGUGAUGGAUACUUUAUUGAAGGCGAAGAAAAAGAAAUGUUAAGGAACAAAUAUUUACAAUAAAGCAUGUGUGACAAUUGCAAAACACAUGAGCCGAUUAUUUGGUUGCAGAAAUACUUUUGUGUUAUUAUACCUAUAGAACAAUUUAAAAAACAAAACAAUUGACUGGAUUGUACAUUGCAUUGUCUUGAAUAUAGAUAUGCUGUUUAUAAUAAACAGACAAACAGUGUUGGAACGUAUAAACUUCUUGUUAUGACAUAAACUACCUGUUAUGACAUUAAAUCCCAGCUUCAUAAAGUGAUGUAGGGACUACAUAGGAAUUGUGUGCAUGAUCAUGUUCGUUCGUC